AUGGGCGAGUGGGACGCUGCCCAGAUCCACUUGCUCAGCACUCGUCCACCUCUCUCCAGGCCAGGAUUCGUGAGAUAUAAGGCCGCCACUCGAGGAGAGGCAGUAUGUGGAGAAGGAAUUAGAUACCCAGUGGUUCAAGGGGUAAACUUGCGCACGAGACUCAAUCCACCUUUACCUAAUUCAUAUUAUGGUAACCUUAGUCGAUUUUCCAUAGCAAUAUUAGCACCACCGGCAUUGGAAAAAGGCGCUAUAGGAGAGGAUCAUCGUAGCUUGGUCACUCAAAUGAGAGAUGGGAUAAGAAAAGUUAAUAGCGAUUAUGUAAGGAAACUCCAAGAGGGUGGUGGUGGUGGUAUGGGGGGCUUGAAUUCCAAGAAAGAGGAGGGUGGUAAUAAAGGAGGAGGAGGAGGUGGUGGAGAGGCAGUGUUUACUUUUAUGUUUUCGAGCAUAGCUAGGUUCCCGCUAUAUGAAACUGAUUUUGGAUGGGGAAGGCCUGUAUGGGUGACUAUGGGUGUAGUAAAUCUUGAUAAUGUGGUUGCUUUCUUUCCUACUAAAUCAGGUGAUGGCAUAGAAGCAUUGAUUUGUAUGAAUAAGGGUGAUCUGGUGAAACUUGAAACUGAUAAAGAGUUCCUCUCAUUUGUUUCCAAUCCUAAAUUUCCACUUCUCAGCUCCCUAUAA